UGUGCAGCUCGUGUUCCAGAUGUAGAAAGAGUUCAGCACGUAACUUUACAUUUAUCAGUUAUUCCGAAGCCACAAGCUUGAUCUCUGUAAAUUCCAGGAGCUAUAUUGGUGAUCAAAAUCUGGUUGUUCCCUUGGUUUCCAUUUUGGCUUUGAUGUGGUAGCAUUGACAAAGCACCAAUACUGCCUUGACAAAUCCUUGGAAGCAACUCGAUAGACAAAAGCAACAUCCAUCAACAUGUCUGGAUAGAACACAGCUGGAUGCAGUACAUCUAAGGAAAGGCAAUUUAUUAAAUUCAUCCACCAGAAACAAGGAAAGGCUUAACAAUAUGGCCAAUUCUGAAGUUAGGGGUGAAACGCAAGGAUCACAAUUGGAGGCAAGUGAGAGUAAAAGUGAAACACCGCUGGAUACUUUACAAGAUACAAAAACUAAUAUUCAGCAAAAAUCAAGCAUAUGGACAGAAAGAGGGGAUGCACGUUCCUUAGCACAGGUUAACAGAGGAAACCAUAUAAAUGAAUGCACAAACAUCUGUGCAUCCAGCAACCAAACCUCCUCCAAUCAAGAUGAGAACCCUAAGCAAACACUAAGUCACAAACCACUCUGCUUAGACAUUCAUCCUGAUAUUUUCACAGACUGUAUAGCUGCUGGUACAAAAGUUAAGCAUGAACACUGUCUUGUUGAAGAAGUGGCGAAACAUUUUUGUGCAAUGGAUUUCACUUCCAAGACCACACUAGAAGGUAAAGGAGAACUUACACCAGUUGAAUUAGAUAAAUAUAGAUACAAACAUGAAGAUCUUGAUAUUGCAAAAACAAACUUAAGAAAUGAAUUACCAAAUGUUAAUUGUGACAAAGGUGGCUUUGUAUUGGAUGUAACUCUAUGCAGCAAGUCAUCUUUACACGUUGAUAAAUCAUUGUGCAGUGCUAAAAAGAAUAUGAGUGCCAAUGUUCUCAAGUCUGCAAUGGUAAUUCCAAAUGAAAAUAAAAGUUUGCAGGUUGAAAACAAAAGCAAAUUAUCUGCAGAUGAGGCUCCUGCAUCUGAAAAAGAAAUGGAAAAAAUUGGUACUGUAUCUCAAGGAGACAGUCUGAGAGAAAACACAAUUCCGGGAGGGAUUCAUCUAAAAUUGGUGGAAUUUGGACAACGUGAAUCUAAAGCAGGAGAGAUUGUGAAAACAAAAUAUUCCUCUUCUGUGAAAGAAGUUGAUUUAGCUCUUAGAGAUAAAACAACAAAGUGCAACUCUGUUGAAAUGAUCACAAUGGCAAAACAAGUGCCCUCUAAAACCCUGCAAAUUUCAAAACAUACUUUAGUAAAAAUGGAAGAUGCCAGCUUUGAUGUGCCUCACAGUGCCAACUCCAGUUUAAACAAUUUAGCACGAAAAGGAAGGAAAAUGUACAAAGUGAAUUACAGUAACUUUACUUCAGAAAGAAUCAAACCUAGUUCCAAAUCACUGCAGUACCUCCCCAUUUCAAGGAGGAAAGAUAUGCUUGUGUCUUCAUCUGCUUGUUUCCUACAUUGUAAAAAUGCUCCUGUAUUCCCUUCACUGGAUAAUUCUCAUCUGCGCCAAAUUUCAUCAAAAGUACAAACAAAAGUACAAGGAGCAAUCUUUAAUGAUAGGUCAACUUCAAAAGAAAAAUCUCAUUCACAUGACAACAGCAAUAUAAAUAUUCUUGAUGAAUCGCCAAUUCAACAGUUUCCAAGAUUAAAUUCCACAGGUGAUUUCUUGGCAUUAAAGUACAGUGAUGUGUUUCAGGAAAUAAAUCCAAUUGAUAAAGGACCAGGAAUUUAUGAAAUGUUUAGUAGCCCAUUGUAUUGUGCAAAGCGUAAGUCCACAACAUGGGGAGCUGUUCAUCAAAUUGUUCAUUCUGUGCCAUGGAGAAGAAGACCGACACUUAAGGUUACAAAAUCAAAUCAAGCAACUGAGAAAAACAAUGCAGUGCAUAAAAAAAACAAACUGAAUUCCAAACAAAAAAAUAUUAACAGAAACAUGAAAAGAAAGAACAAAAACACAGAAGAAAGUAGAUGUUUGUUCAUGAGUGAUAAAAAUCAAGCAAAUGUUGGGCUAAUUUCUGAUCAGUAUUGGCAUGCAAGAACUUUCAGAAAUGAAGUAUCAUUCCACAACUCAGAUAGUCAGGAAGUUUCAGAUUCCGGCUUCCUAUCAAAUGGUUCAGUGGCUUCUUAUCCAUUACCAGGUUAUGAAGUUCACCUAGAAGGCCAGUAUUUGUCAAUUAUUAGAGAAGGCUCAAUUGAACAAGCCGCAGUCAAACCUGUCCUUUCAGAGGGUCAUGAUAAUCCAUUCAAUAAGUCAUCUGCUGUGACUGUUGGAGGAAAUCUGUGUGAUUAUGCAACUGACUACCCUUUGUCAUCAACGAUCCCAAAAAUCAAUAAUAUACAAAACUGCAAUACUGAUUUAUUUGAGUUAGGACUGCAUAUGAAUAAAAAGAAUGAAGCUGAUGUAAAAUCAACCAAAAUAAAAGAUUCUGUAGGGACCAAUAUUGCACAAGAGCCUACAGCAGCAUUGUCCUAUGGAAAUAACUGGGACAUUGUAGUAAAUGAAGCAGAAACUACUGUCUUAUGUACUGAAGGCCAGAAAAACAUCAGUUCUUAUGAAACAAAAGCUGCUUCACAUCCAAAUUUUAAACAAAUAAGUUUUCCAGUUCAAUCAUUGAUUAAUACAUGGACUGUCGACCAGAUGAAUCCAGCAUUUCUGUUUAAAUAUGACAGGGAGGACAGCCUGACAGAUGGAUUGCUUGGUUGUCUGACACCAGCAUUAUGGUCAGAAGAAAAGAAUACCUAUGAGAGCACAUGGCCAACAAGUGGUAAUAAAGACAAUGAGUCUGUAAAACCUUCCCUGAGUGCUGAAUAUACAGCUACAAAACUAUUGAAAACUUCCAGUAGACCUAACAGUUCACUCUGCAAUAGCAUGAAGUCUGAAUGUAGUUCCAGUGGUGAAGAUGUCAUUAUAUGGACUAAAGGCAAUAUAAUAGGGAAAGGAGCCUAUGGUACAGUAUAUUGUGGUCUAACCAGUCAAGGUCAAUUAAUUGCUGUUAAACAGAUUGGCUUGGAUUCAACAAAUCGAACUUCAGCAGAAAAGGAAUAUCAAAAACAGGAAGAGGAAAUUGAGCUACUUAAAGCUCUAAAGCACGUCAACAUUGUGCGUUUCCUAGGUACAAACCUAGAAGCCAAUGUUGUCAGUAUAUUCAUGGAGUUUGUUCCUGGAGGAUCCAUAGCAAGUAUUAUAAGUUGUUUUGGGCCAUUAUCAGAGCCUGUAUUUUGUGGAUAUACUAAACAAAUUUUAAAAGGAGUGGAUUAUUUACAUGAUAACAAUGUAAUUCACAGGGAUAUUAAAGGAAACAAUGUCAUGCUUAUGCCUAAUGGUGUGAUAAAGCUCAUCGAUUUUGGAUGUGCUAAGUGUAUGGCAUGUGUAAAUAUGAAUGACAUGCAGACUGAAAUGUUAAAAUCAAUGCAUGGAACACCUUACUGGAUGGCACCUGAAGUGAUUAAUCAGACCGGACAUGGCAGAAAAUCUGAUAUUUGGAGUAUAGGCUGCACUGUGUUUGAGAUGGCAUCUGGGAAACCACCUUUGGGACACAUGGACAAGAUGGCAGCCAUGUUUUACAUUGGAGCACAUCGAGGGCCGAUGCCCACUCUUCAUGAUCAGUUUUCUGAGAACGCUCAAGAUUUUGUGCAAAUUUGUUUGACAAGGGAUCAACACAUCCGUCCUUCAGCAAAACAGCUCCUGCAGCAUGCAUUCAUCAUAAAGAGACAAAGGAGAACAGCCAUUCCAGGAAAGUAAAAUUGUGGCCAAAACAGAAUCACAAGCAAUAACUGUUUCAAAGAACGCAUCACGAGGCAUCACAGUACUUCAACUAAAUCAACGGGAAUUGAGACCCUCCAUUGGGUUGAGGUCGGGUUUGAAUGUCAGAAAGACGUGAGGGCCAGGAGCUGGACUUCAUUGUCAGAGGCUAUUUGAGGUGUAUGCCAUUGGGAGCAUUUAAUGGGUAGUGGGCACUUACCCCCACUACCACCCCCAGCUAUAACAACCUUAAGGAACCCAAAGGGAAUGAAAUUAUACAGUUCACCGUAGAUUCAUAUCUAACUAGCCAAGUGCUUUAAUAACUGUAUGUAGUUUUAUACAUUUUGCAAAUGAAAGUUCACAUUAAAUUUAAAAUGUUUAAAUAUUACAGUAAAUUAAUGUCAGGCCAGUUUGGGUUAAUUUGCAUUACAUCUCUUUGGAAUUUAUAGAUAUCUGCUUCUUUCUUUCCCAUGCAAUAUUUCUAAAUUGAUAAGAUUCCUCUGGGUGCCCUAGUUUGCUUCCUUGUUCCAAGGGCAUAGGGGUUGCUACAUCAUCCUAGCAUAUGGGUGACAGGGAGAAAGUGGAGAGAAUUAAUAAGACUGUGUUAAUGAGUGAAUGCUGGUCACCAUGCACUCAGUAGGCAGAAGCCAAUAAAAAUGGUGGCACAGCAGUGUAGUGGUUAGAACAGCACUUUACACCAUGCAUCUAUAGGAGUUUGUCAAAGUUUUGAAUGACAUGCCAAAUCUAUGCAAACUUCUAAGAAAAUAGAUGUGAAACAUACCAGAAUUGAUUGUGGUUUUUGGCAACACGCAUAAAACACAAGACAAUACCACAACAGACAACACAAAAGCAACCAAUAAUUUACAAGCAAUAGUGCAAACAGCUUUGUUGGUGGCAUCCGUUAGUCUCGCGAGACCAUGGAUCUGUGCCUGGAAUGGUUUCAAGGGCGCAGGCCUGGGCAAGAUUAUAUGGAAGACCAGCAGUUGCCCAUGCAGCAAGUCUCCCCUCUCCACGACACCAAUGUUGUCCAAGGGAAGGGCAAGAGCCAAAACAGCUUGGCACCAGUGUUGUCGCAGGAGUUGCUAGAACGAGGUUGAAGGCAACGUCGGACUGCCUUAGGGACUCCAGUUCCGGAUUUGUCCUCAGGGUUUACUCUCAAAGCCUUUCCCAUGAGUAGGUAUGGCCACAAGGCAGCGGAGGUUUGAAAUCAGACUUUUCCCUCUCUUAGAUGGACUGCCUUCCCAGGCUGACAAGCUCCAUCUACCCAAAAAACAGCAAUGAGCAAUCAACAAUUAGCAAAAACAUCAAUAACCAAACUUAGAUAAAUGGGAAUAUAUGAGCAGACUCAAUAAUUAUCAACAGAACAAGGAGAGCAGGAAAGGCCAUUGAACGGAUGUUGUUCAGGGACAGUCAGGGUAUCACACCUGAGUGAGUUCUGUUGAGAAGCUGGAUAGCUACAGGAAGGAAACUUCAGAGAUAACAUGUAGAUAGGUAGAUAGAUAUUUUAUUGAACCCAAAGGAAAUUAGAGUGUCACAGUAGUAUUACAAGUGCACAGAUAUACAAAUAUUAAAAAAGAAGUAAGAAAGAAUAAAAAUAAGUUACCUUAAAAAUGGGAUGUAGAAGAUCUACAAGUCAAGAUUACAAGAUCACCUCUUGGCUAUAGGUUGACUCAUUAUACAUCCUGAUGGCUGAAGGUAAGAAUAGCCUCAUAUAGCACUCUUUGGGAAAGUGCUGUUGUCUUAGUCUAUUAGUGAAAGUGCUCCCCUGUUCAGUCAAGGUGGCAUGCAGGGGGUGAGAAACCUUGUUCAGAAUUGCCUGGAAUUUCUGGAGGGUCCUUUGCUCUACCACAGCUUCCAGUGUGUCCAGUUUGACUCCUAUAACAGUGUCAGCCUUUCUAAUCAGUUUAUUGAGUCUGUAGCAUCACCCCUGUUGAUGCCAUUGCCUCAGCACACCACUGCAUAGAAGACUGUACUGGCAACAACCAGUUGGUAGAACAUGUGAAGGAGAGGCUUGUAUACUUCAAAGUUUCUCAGUCUCUUCAGGAAAUAGAGGCAACUCUGGCCCUUCUUGUACAAAGCCUAUUUUGGUGCUCCACUCAAGUCAUCCAGGUGCACCCCCAGG